UGUAUGCAUAUGUAUAUCGAUGUGCCCGAUCGCUUUAUGACAUGUGUAAGGGAAAAUUGGUAAAAAUUAUCAGCUGGUCUACCAAUGUAAACUCAUGUUUAAUGAUUUGUAAAUAAAUAAAUAAGUAUCUACGUGAAAUACAUCCUAGUUUUGUUUGAAGUUUGAAGUUUGAAUACUGUAUAGAUACAGCAUUAAAAUGUUGCGAAAUCUUCGCAGUUUGGUACAAUUAAACAAUUCAAUUAAAAAGGUAAGCUGUCGGAGUCUUAAUUUAGUCCCAAUAGUUGUUGAACAAACUGGAAGAGGUGAACGAGCAUAUGAUAUUUAUUCUAGAUUGCUGAAAGAAAGAAUAAUAUGUUUAAUGGGUCCAAUAACAGAUGAAAUAUCGUCACUAGUUAUUGCUCAACUACUCUUUCUCCAGUCAGAAAGUAGUAAAAAGCCAAUCCAUCUGUAUAUUAAUUCACCUGGAGGAGUUGUCACAGCAGGUCUUGGAAUCUAUGACACAAUGCAAUACGUUCUACCACCAGUAGCUACUUGGUGUGUUGGACAAGCUUGCUCCAUGGCAAGUUUACUGUUGGCAGCUGGAGAACCAGGAAUGCGUCAUGCACUACCUAAUGCUAGGAUAAUGAUUCACCAACCAUCUGGAGGAGUUCAGGGUCAGGCAACUGAUAUUAGAAUACAGGCUGAAGAAAUUCUCAAAAUAAAGAGUCAAAUUAAUACUUUAUAUGCUAAACAUACAGGCAUGGAGAUUCAAAAAAUAGAAAAUAGUAUGGAAAGAGAUAAGUUUAUGAAUCCAUUGGAAGCUAAAGAGUUUGGUAUCAUAGAUAAAGUUUUGGAACAUCCUUUACAGGAGAGAGAAGAAUCAAAUGCAAACACAGACAAACCUACAAGUACUGGUAUCUAAAUAUGAGGACAUGACUGAUGUUUUAAAUGGAUCAGAUCUGCGGG